AUGAUCGUCGAAGCUGUUGAAGUGGCUGUGGUGGAUGCGGUGUCGAUGGUCGCUGUGGCGACAGUGCCCGAGACUGAUCCAGCUGUUGCAGUUGCGCUUGUUCCCGAAGCAGUAGCAACAGUGCUUGAUACUGAGCCAGCAGUGGCUGUAGCCGUGGAUGGGGAAGUUGUUGAAGCAGUGGCAACAGUGCCAGAGACUGAUCCUGCAGUUGCUGUUGCACUCGUACCAGAGGCGGUAGCAACAGUUCCAGAGACUGAUCCAGCUGUGGCGGUGGCCGUGGAUGGGGCGGUGGUGCUGGUGGCGGUGGCAACUGUGCCAGAGACAGUACCAGCAGUAGCACUAGUAGUUGAAGCGACUGAUCCUGAUACUGAGCUGGCGAUCGAACCAAUUGAUGAAGCAACCGAGUUGGUAACUGAACUGGCAACUGUUCCAACUGUGCUGGCGACAGUACUGGCAACUGAGCUGGCAACUGAGCUUCCAACAGAACCUGCAAUAGUGGUAGGCUCUGAGGUAGUCACACCACUUGAUGAGAUCGAAUGA